GCACCGUCCGGAAUGAGGAAGAGGCGGCGACUUCCUUCCUGUCAAUCACUCAGUCAAUAGUGCAGGAUCGACCGGCUUUGCUCCUUCACCCGCCAUGGAUCUGCUCUGCUACAACCGGGGAUGCGGGCAGCGCUUCGACCCCGCCACCAACACGGAAGAAUCAUGCACAUACCACCCAGGUGUCCCUGUCUUUCAUGAUGCUCUUAAAGGCUGGUCGUGCUGUAAAAGAAGAACGACAGACUUUUCUGAUUUCUUAAGCAUUAAGGGUUGCACCAAGGGCUUCCAUAAUAGUGAGAAACCCCCUGAACCACUCAAACCUGAAGUGAAAACUACUUGUGAACAAAAAGAAUUAACUGAUCUGAAACCUAAAUUUCAAGAGCACAUAAUUCAAGCACCAAAGCCAAUAGAAGCAAUUGAAAGACCCAGUUCUGAUGAACCAAUGAGCUGCUUGCAGUUGAAAGUGUCAGCUUCCUUGAAACAGUCAUUAGAAAAGCUAAAACUAUCAGCGGAAAAUGAAAUAAAAAAGGAAGAUGAUGGCGAUGAGAUAAAGAUUGGGACUAUGUGCAAAAAUGCAGGUUGUUCAAAGACAUUUGAAGGACCAAGCAGCACAGAAGAUGUGUGUAUUUAUCAUGCUGGUGUGCCCAUAUUCCACGAAGGGAUGAAGUAUUGGAGUUGUUGUAAGAGGAAAACAUCAGACUUUAAUACUUUUUUGGCUCAAGAGGGCUGCACAACAGGAACACAUCUAUGGAUUAAGAAGGAUGCCGGGAAGAAGGUGGUCCCCUGCAGACACGAUUGGCAUCAAACUGGACGUGAGGUGACAAUUUCAAUCUAUGCGAAGAAUUCCAUUCCUGAACUUAGCCGAGUAGAGGCAAACAGUACAUUAGUAAAUAUCCAUAUUGUGUUUGAAGGCGAUAAGGUGUUCAGUCAGAAUCUGAAUUUAUGGGGUGUGAUUGAUGUGAAAAGAAGCUACGUAAAUAUGACCGCUACAAAGAUUGAGCUCACCAUGAGGAAAGCUGAGCCCAUGUUAUGGGCAGGCUUGGAACUCCCAGCAUCCAAAUUGCAACCCAAAGAGCCUCAAAACAUUGUGGGACAAGCUUGAAAUCUGAAAAAGGGUCUGGCUGCUGUGCCUGGUGAAAUGGUGACUUGGCGUUUUAACCCAGAUUGAUUUUAUAGGCAGCCCACUUUUUAAAAUAUUUUCAUUCCAGCUCAAGUGCAGUGCAUGGCUUUUUAAGCAGUAGGGCAGACCACUGGUUUUGUUGUACCAACUCCUUAUUUUGCCCAGUUAUGGCUGAUGCUUGUAGAAACCUUGCAAACCUCAGAAUUUUCUCUGUCAUCCUUAUAAAGGGAGCAUGUGUUCUCAUUGGCCCAAACUAAACAACGUCUAGAAACUAAUCGCCCCUAGCAUUUUUCCAGGAAGCAGCCUCUUAUAUAUUGAGAAUCCAAGUCAAAUUUUCAUUUGGUAGUUAGAUGCGUGCAAGAUUCUUGUUUCUCAGUCUGUAGCAAGGAGAGAGCACAGGGGGUUAUUGCUGCGUUUCUGUAUCACCUUUUUUUCAUGUCAUUUGAUGCAGAAGUAGAAUGGCAGAGAAAAAUCUGAUGGUUUUAGAGUUGUCUGUGCAAAGAAGCUGGUGAUUCUUUUUUUUUUAAUUCUUUGGAAUUCAGGAAAUAUAGUGUCAGUGAGCUGCUGAGCUACCUCUGUGCACUUAUUCAGAAAGCCAAGGCUUUCCAAGAACAAAAAUUUCCAGGCACUGGAAAUUUUGGGUCACCGGGCGCUGUUUCAUUUGCUUCUCUUAUGCCUUGCCCUCCACCAUAGAGGAAACAGCAUAUACAAAAUGUCCAUAUUUGCACAUCUGAUUCUGGCAGCUGUGCUUUUCUGAUCAAUUUUUCCAUCUCCUUUGUGGUAAAGCAAAUAAGGCAUCUUGGUAUAUACUGAGACUCUCAGUUUGCUACCUUUUGCCAAAAGUGUGACUUUUAAUGGGAAUAGGGGAAGCUGGGAGGGAUGAAAUUCCUGCAACAAGUGCAAAAUGGUCAGCUUCCUGCAAAGCUAGGAUCUUUGUAUAAAUUCCAAAGUGUGUUGCAGAAUAAGUUACUGAACUUUUCGUAUACUUGAAGAUGGCAAAACUACUAUGGAAGCAGAAGGUCUCAGUGGCAACACUCAAGUCCUAAGUGACUGCACGAAGAAGGAGGGGACUUUUUUAAAAAGUAUGGUUACUUGUAUUUAUAAUACUUCUUAUUUUUUUAAAAAAGAAAAA